UCAACGACGUCACAUGCAUGCUGUCUGGGACCCGGGAUAAUAACAAACCACUGAAUUAGCCGAACACUGCGUUUACGCUUGUCUCUUUUCUGUGUCGGAGCUGUAGCUGGCUGUUGGCAGACAUGUCCGGAAAGGCCAAGGACAUCCUACAGAUGGACCUGUAUGGUUUACUCGGUGUUGAAAGCACUGCAACGCCGAAAGAGAUCAAGAAAGCUUAUCGGCAGAAAGCCUUGACAUGCCAUCCAGACAAGAACCCAGACAACCCAAAAGCAGCUGAGCUCUUCCACCAGUUGUCCCAGGCUCUCGAGGUGCUAACUGAUGCUGCUGCCAAGGCUGCCUAUGACAAGAUCUGCGCUGCCAAGAAACAAGCCGAAGAAAGAAACCGGAAGUUAGAUGACAGGAGAAAGAAAAUUAAGCUUGACUUGGAGACCAGAGAGCAACAAGCAGAAGCACAGAGCCAGGAGGAGGUGCGAAUCACUAGAACACUUGAAGAAGAGAUAGCCCGUUUGAGAGAGGAGGGAUCCAGGCAGCUUGAGGAGGAACAGAGGCUCAUCAGAGAGCAGAUCCAGAGAGAAAGAGAAGCACAGCAGCAGGAGCAAAGAGGAGGCUACACUCAGAGAGACUCAGGAGUGGAAAGAUGUUCCAAGAGCAAUGUGACCCCCAAAUUGAAGUUAAAGUGGAAGUGUAAAAAAGACGACGAGACGAAUGGAGGCUACUCUCAAGACAUUCUUUUCAGACUUCUACUAAAGUACGGGGAUGUUUCGAAUGUGAUUGUAUCGGCGAAGAAGAGAGGAAGCGCUGUGGUCGAAUUUGCAACCGUGAGAGCAGCUGAGCUGGCAGUUAAGAAUGAAAGUGGCCUGAGUGAAAACCCUCUGAAGAUUUCGUGGCUUGAAGGACAGCCCGAGGUCAUUGCUCCAGCAUCUCAACCUGGCCUGUUCAUGUCUUCACAGGGCUCCCUGUCAAACGAGCGCGACUAUGAGAGUGUGGUGAUGAUGAGGAUGAGGCAGGCCGCCGAGCGACAGAGGCUCAUAGAACAAAUGCAGAGAGAGGAUGACGAGGAGGCUUCCAGGUCAUAGCACAGCGGGACUCUGCUCGGUACCCGCCUGCAGUUAUUAAAUGAAUACCUGUCUCAGGCUUUAGUUUCAUAAAGCCUCUUAUGUGUUUUGUUAUUACUUUUUGUAUGUUAUACACCAUGUGGCAAAAUAAAUCUUUUUA